AUGAAUAUCCAGGGGAAAGGCUUUCCCUUGGACCUUGGAGGAAGCUUCACUGAAGAUGCUCCGAGGCCACCGGUUCCUGGUGAGGAGGGGGAACUCGUGUCCACGGAUCCAAGGCCAGUUACCCACGGUUUCUACUCUGGUAAAGGUGAUGUGGUUCGAAAUGAGACGUCCACGGCAACGCCGAGGCGCUCCGAUUUGGAUUUGGGGUACGAGCCCGAGGGGAGUGCUUCGCCAACUCCACCCUACCUGAAGUGGGCCGAGUCGCUGCACUCCUUGCUGGAUGAUCAAGACGGUAUCAACCUCUUCAGGACUUUCCUGAAACAGGAGGACUGCGCAGAUCUGCUGGACUUCUGGUUUGCAUGCAGCGGCUUCCGGAAGCUGGAGCCGUGCGCGGCUAACGAGGAAAAAAGACUCAAGCUGGCAAAAGCCAUUUACAAAAAAUACAUCCUCGACAACAAUGGCAUUGUGUCCCGGCAGAUCAAACCUGCCACAAAAAGCUUCAUCAAAGACUGCGUCAUGAAACUGCAGAUUGACCCCGACAUGUUUGACCAGGCCCAAACGGAGAUCCAGUGCAUGAUAGAAGACAAUACCUACCCUUUGUUCCUUAAGUCGGAUAUUUAUUUGGAAUACACGAGGACAGGUGGGGAAAGUCCCAAAAUUUACAGCGAUCCGAGCUCAGGGUCUGGGACAGGUAAAGGGCUCCCCGGUUAUCUGCCGACUCUGAACGAGGAUGAGGAGUGGAAGUGUGACCAAGAGGCCGAGCCCGAGGCCAGCCGGGACUCGGCACCUUCCACCAGGCUCACGCAGAAGCUGCUCCUGGAGACGGCCAGCCAGCGCGCCGCCUCGGCCCGACGCUACAGCGAGGGCAGGGAGUUCAGGCAUGGGUCAUGGAGAGAGCCUGUUAACCCUUACUAUGUCAACACGGGCUACGCUUUGGCACCAGCCACCAGUGCCAACGACAGCGAGCAGCAGAGCAUGUCCAGUGAUGCCGAUACGAUGUCGCUGACGGACAGCAGCGUAGAUGGGAUCCCACCGUACAGACUCCGCAAGCAGCAUCGCAGAGAGAUGCAAGAAAGUGCCAAAGCAAAUGGACGUGUGCCACUACCUCACAUUCCUCGUACCUACCGAAUGCCAAAGGAUAUCCACGUUGAACCAGAGAAGUUUGCUGCAGAGCUGAUCAAUCGUUUGGAGGAAGUACAAAAGGAACGUGAAGCAGAGGAGAAAUUAGAGGAGCGCCUUAAACGUGUUCGAGCGGAAGAAGAAGGUGAGGAUGCAGAUAUCUCUUCUGGUCCCUCGGUCAUUAGCCACAAGAUGCCUUCCGCCCAAGCCUUUCAUCACUUUGCUCCUCGUUACUCUGAGAUGGGCUGCGCUGGGAUGCAGAUGAGAGAUGCCCAUGAAGAAAACCCAGAAAGCAUCCUCGAUGAACAUGUACAGCGUGUGAUGAAAACACCAGGCUGCCAGUCUCCAGGACCUGGCCGUCACUCUCCUAAGCCACGGUCCCCGGAAAGCGGCCACUUAGGAAAGCUGUCAGGGACACUGGGAACAAUUCCUCCAGGGCACGGCAAGCACGCGACAAAAUCAGGAAUGAAACUGGAUGCACCUAACUUAUACCACCAUAAACAUGUCUACCACCACAUCCAUCAUCACAGCGUGAUGAAACCAAAAGAGCAGAUCGAGGCCGAGGCCACGCAGCGAGUGCAGAACAGCUUUCCGUGGAAUGUAGAUUCACAUAACUAUGCAACAAAGUCACGAAACUACACUGAAAACUUGGGCAUGGCAUCUGUCCCCAUGGACGCUUUAGGCUACAGUGGGAAAGCAAGUCUGCUCUCCAAAAGAAAUGUUAAGAAGACCGAUUCAGGGAAAAGUGAUGGUGCCAACUAUGAGAUGCCAGGAUCUCCUGAAGAUGUGGAGAGAAACCAGAAGAUCCUUCAGUGGAUCAUAGAAGGAGAGAAGGAGAUCAGCAGGCAUAAGAAAACAAACCAUGGCUCUUCAGGUGCCAAGAAGCAGCUGUCCCACGAUAUGGUCCGACCCCUCUCCAUCGAACGACCUGUGGCAGUGCAUCCGUGGGUCAGUGCCCAGCUCCGGAACGUCGUCCAGCCUUCUCACCCCUUCAUCCAAGAUCCUACCAUGCCGCCCAAUCCAGCCCCCAACCCUCUCACCCAGCUGGAAGAAGCUCGCAGGAGGUUGGAGGAAGAGGAAAAAAGGGCUGGAAAACUCCCCCUUAAACAAAGGUACAGCGAUAGAGUCUGGUUCAGGCAGUGCAGCAUUCAGUGUCCAGCACUGGUGACCUGCAGGUCCCCUGUGCCCAGCGUUUGUGCCCCAAAUUUGUCUGAAUCUAUGGUGAAGCCCCAUAAGAGCCCAGGCAGUGGCUCGUCCCAGCCCUGCGAGAACAUCGUGGUGGCUUACUACUUCUGCGGAGAGCCCAUCCCUUACCGCACCCUCGUCAAAGGGCGCGUGGUGACGCUGGGACAGUUCAAGGAGCUGCUGACCAAGAAAGGGAACUACAGGUAUUAUUUUAAGAAAGUGAGCGACGAGUUCGACUGUGGUGUGGUCUUUGAGGAGGUACGGGAGGAUGACACCAUCCUGCCCAUCUUCGAAGAGAAAAUCAUCGGGAAGGUUGAGAAAAUUGACUAAGCUCCAGGGCUGCCGAGGCGUGAGGACGGGACUGUGAAAGACUCUCGGACCGGAGGAGAGGGUCUGGGUGGACGCUGGCAGUGCCACUUGCUGCGGGCACCGGGUGAGCCCGGGGUGACGCCUGCUCCAGCACAGACCUGGGCAAGCGCCGGGCUGCUGGUGGAUGCCGUUCCACUCCGCAAACCUGCCAGUGGGAGCCCGGGCUCCCUCUCCAUAUCGAAUAUAAGUGUAAUGUAGCAUUGUACAGUGCAUUAGAAAGUGUAAUAUGACCUUGUUUACUAAAGCUGCAUAUUUUUGAUAUAUUGUA